AUGAGCCGGCAAUUCAGUUCCCGAUCGUUCUCCACGAGUGGAAAGAGAGGCUACUCCGUUUCUACCAGUGGCUUCAGAACGGGCGGCAGCUCAAUGUCGGCUGCACCGGUUGGAGGAGUGGGAGCUUCUUCUGGUGGCUUUGGCAGCAAAAGUCUCUACAGCCUUGGUGGAAGCAAGCGGAUAUCCAUGGGCCUGGUUCAGGGUGCUGGUGGAGGAGGUCAUUUUUCAGGAGGCUUCAGUGGAAGAAGUCUGGGUGGUGGCCUAGGAGGAUUCAGCAGUUUGAGCACAGGUUACGGAGGCUUUGGUGGCAGGGCCAGCUUUGGCAGUGGUGCAGGCUUUGGCGGUGGUGUUGGCCUCAGCAGUGGCCUUGGUCUUGGUAGUGGUGUUGGCCUGGGCAGUCAUCUUGGAGGCUUAGGUAGUGGCGGAUACACCUUUCCGGGCCCGGGGCCCGCUCCGGCACCGGGACGGAUCCAUAAUGUCAUUGUUAACAAGAACCUGUUGGCUCCCCUGAACAUGGAGGUCGAUCCUGAGAUCCAGAGCAUUCGGAUGCAAGAGAGGGAACAGAUCAAGACCCUCAACAACAAGUUUGCAUCUUUCAUUGACAAGGUACGAUUCCUUGAGCAGCAAAACAAGGUGCUGGAGACCAAAUGGGACCUGCUGUACCAGCAGGGCACACCAGCCCUGAGGGACAACCUGGAACCCCUUUAUGAGGCUUACAUCGACAACCUCCGAAGGCAGCUUGACUCCCUCGUCAAUGACAAGAACCACCUGGACAUUGAACUGAAGAACACCCAAGAACUUGUUGAGGAUUUCAAGAGCAAGUAUGAAGAUGAAAUCAACAAACGUACAGCUUGUGAAAAUGAUUUUGUGGUGCUCAAAAAGGAUGUGGACAACACCUACAUGCACAAGGUUGAUCUGGGAUCCAAGGCCGAUUCCUUGAUUCAGCACAUCCAGUUCUUAAGAGCACUCUUUGAUGUGGAACUCACCCAGGUGCAAUCACAAGUAAAAGACACAAAUGUUGUCCUACAAAUGGACAAUAACAGAGACUUGGACUUGGACAGCAUCAUUGCUGAAGUCAAGACUCAGUAUGAAGACAUUGCCAACAGGAGCCGAGCUGAGGCAGAGGCAUGGUACCAGAGUAAGUUCCAGGAGUUGCAAACUUCGGCUCAAAGGCACGGUGAAGACUUGAGAACCACCAAAGACGAGAUUGCAGAGAUGAGUCGGGUGGUCCAAAAACUUCGCUCUGAAGUUGAAAUAGUGAAGAAAGCAAUUAACAACCUGCAAUCGUCCAUCGCAGAAUCUGAGCAACGUGGAGAGAUGGCCCUCAAAGAUGCUCGGAUGAAACUCAUCGACCUACAGACUGCUGAAACAAAUUCCAAGGACGAGUUGGCUCGCCUGCUGCGGGACUACCAGGAACUGAUGAAUGUGAAAUUGGCCCUGGAUGUUGAGAUUGCCACUUACAGGACACUGCUGGAGGGAGAGGAGAGCAGGAUGUCAGGCGAGUUCACAACUCCUGUCAACAUUUCGGUAAUCAGCAGUUCCAGCAGCAUCGGUGGUGUUGGUGGUGGUGGAGGAGUCGGAGGAUAUGGAAUCGGAGGAGGAAGUGGAUACGGCGCCGGAGGAGGAAGUGGAUAUGACAUUGGAGGAAGCGGGUUGAGCCUUGGCGGAGGAGGCAGUGGUGGACACAGCCACAUCGGCAUUGGAAGAACAGGCCGGUUUAGCACUGGAGGCAGCCUAAGUGGUUCGGGAAGCAUCACUGGUGGGGGAUAUGGCUAUGGAGGAGGCAGCUCAAGUGUGAAAAUGGUGUCCUCCACAAGCUCAAGUAAA